UGUGGAAAGAUGACCAAACAAUUUUACCCAUUGAUAGAAAUUGGCUGGACAAAAUAAUAGAAAUACCUACCGGUAUAUAACUCUAAGAAAGAGAGGGAGACUUGAUAUUUUCUAAAAACGGUCUAUCGUGUCUGUGACUGUGAUGAAUAUCCCGUUUCAUGCACAGUAGGAACACGGUGGAACAGAGACAGGGUGUUCAAUCAUCUGAUAGGAGCUCCAGAUGAGAUUUGUGAGGAGUGCAGGGAGGAACCUUCCACUGUGCCCCUCCUGCUGCCUCUCUAUAAGACUGCAGGUCUGCUGGAGUCUUACCAGGCUGACAGGAUGGACUCCUCACGACACCCCCUCGCCAUGCUGAAGGUCUUAUGUGUUCAACUGUGCAUGUUCUACUCCACCAUGAGUCUAGCCGGCUGGCCUUUGUCCUCGGAGGCAGCAAGACUCCGCUGCGGCACGGAUCUCCUCAGCGACCUCAUAUUUGUGUGUGGGGACCGUGGAAUCUAUUUAGGUAAAGGUUCGUGGUCUGGGUAUGGCUCUCGGCCCAGGGGGAAAGGGAUAGUGGACCAGUGCUGUCAGUCGGCUGGCUGUGAACUUCAGCUUCUGGAGAUGUACUGUAAGAGCAGGCCGAAGACGACAGCUCUCCCAACCAAAACCACGGCCACCCCUACCAGCACACUGCUAGACGCGACUCAGCAGUUCCAAGCAGUGUUUCAGAAAAGACUCACUGAGCACCUGGGAGCUCCCGGCAGUCCAAAGAGAGAGGCUUACCGAAAGAAAACACAGCCUUCCCUCCGACGUAAAAGCAAAGUCGCAUCUUCUCGCAGGAGGAAUGGAACGAUGAGCACAACAGGCGGGCUUCCCUCGGCCUCUAUGAGUCUCCUUCAAAGAAUAGUGGCCGAUGAAUCUUCAUUUUAGACCUCAUGAGAAAGCUAAAUAUUAGAUACGGGUUUGGAACCAGCCCAGUUCGAAAGACUGGUACUGACUCUGGGGAUUACAAACUGAUUUGGUGGGAAACAAAGAGUUGCCGGGUAACCUCCAGGAAGAAAUCCUUGGGUGAUGUUUAACCCACUGCACACAUGGGCUUGUGGGAGAUGGUGUUUGUAAAAGGCUGCUAUGCUCCAAACAAACGGAGAGCAACUAUGACGGGCUGUGGAUUUUCAUUAGUUUUCCUUUUUUCCUCCAAAUCUUAGGCACCAAUAGUAUACACACAUGUGGGCCUGUUCAAGGCCUUGCAGUGCAGAACCCAUUUAGCAACAAAAUCACCUGAAUAGUGGUGGGGAAGAUAUUGGGGUUUGGGUUUAACCAGGCGUCUAACAUUAUGUAGCCAAACUUGUGUUAGUGUGACAAACGUAAGGUCCAAUGAGUACUAUUGAGAGGGCGUCAUAAAAGUGAAUGACUGAAAGCCUGCUCAAUCGGACUCUACCUUGCAGAACGUUGGUGAGGUGGUGUAUCCACUGUGACCAGUAGCCAGUCAAACCAGUAGUUAUCAUUCAAAUAAAUGGAUUAUGAGGGUUGUUGCAAGUGUUAGAUAACAGCCAAAUUGCUUUGGAGUGCUGUUUGUUGUCCUCCACGCUGUUCAUCAGCUCAUCUCCUAACUGUUUGGUCAAGUUCACCGGCUUUUUACAUCCAACUGCUUGCGAAAAAGAGCUUCAUGGGUGAGAUCAGAUGGAAAUGCGUUGGCUUGGAUGUUCUUCAUUUUGUUUCAUUUCUCACAGAGCUAAACAUUACUGUGAUGUUAGAUAACUAUAUUGUUUUAAUUAAGAUACCUUUUAUAUGUAUGACACAUAUGUGAGACCUGAAAAGUUGCAAAUGAAGCGGGUUCUGGUUCUGGUAUGUGAAAUGUGUUAUCUGGUGCUAAGCCUGUGUUCCAGCACUUUUGACUAAAUUUUUGGGUUUUCAUGCCAGACUUUCAGUACCAAAGAAGUUUUCGCAUUGAAUGGGUCUGAUAGAUGUCAGUUUUACUAAUUUUUCCCUUUAAGGUAAAAUGUAUAGGUUUAUUUGUGUGCUUUGUAUUAUUUAUUUCACCACGAAAACAUACAAUUAUAAUAAAUUUUAAAACCG